CACUUUGCCACAUUCGCGAUCGCGCCGUAUCGCGCGCAUGUUGUGCAUGUUCCAAUGGAACUUCCAAUUUCCACUUGAAAUAGUUAGCGGAAAUCUUUUUCCUCGUUCGACUUCCACCGAAUUCCGAAGAAAUUCAAGAACCACUGUAGAGUGUUUCUUGUGUCCAGUGGUAGAGGAGAGUGUGUAGCUUUGAAAUGAGUGUAGACGCGUACGGGCCGAGCUCCCAGAGCUUAACUUUUCUGGACACGGAAGAUGGCGAGUUACUGGGCGCUGACACGCAAGGCACGGACUUCGAAUACAACGUGGGGGACUUCACCCUGCCGUCCCAAACACAGACCCAGAGCCAGGCAUCACAGCUUGAUGUAGUCUCGCAAAGCCAGAGCCAAGCCGGCUUGUCCCUGGAUGCAAAACCAGCUCAACAGAAUGGCUUUGUUGAAGACGGUGUGGCUGCCACUGUCCAGACACUGAAGGAGCUGACAUUUGAAGAAGAUGAAGAGGAGACUUACUAUACCAAGGAUCUCCCCGAUCACGCCUGCAGGUAUUGUGGAAUUCAUGACCCAUCUGCUGUGGUAUUGUGCAACACCACCAAGAAGUGGUUCUGUAAUGGGCGGGGAAACACUUCAGGAAGUCAUAUCAUCAAUCACCUGGUGCGAGCCAAGUGUAAGGAGGUGACCCUCCAUCGUGACAGUCCCGUGGGCGAGACCGCCCUGGAGUGCUACAACUGCGGCUGUCGCAACGUGUUCCUGCUGGGCUUCAUCCCGGCUAAAGUGGACUCUGUGGUGGUGCUGCUGUGCCGUCAACCCUGCGCGACCCAGAGCAACUUGAAGGACAUGAACUGGGAUCCAUCUCAGUGGCAGCCUCUGAUCCAGGACCGUUGCUUCCUGGGCUGGCUGGUCAAGGUCCCCUCUGAGCAGGAACAGCUGAGAGCCCGGCAGAUCUCGGCUGCUCAGAUCAACCGUCUUGAGGAGCUGUGGAAGAACAACGCCAACGCCACGCUGGAAGACCUGGAGAAACCGGGGGCCGAUGAGGAACCGGCCUCGGUCAUGCUGCGAUACGAGGAUGCUUACACCUACCAGAACAUCUUCGGUCCUCUGGUCAAGAUGGAGGCUGAUUAUGACCGUCGCACCAAGGAGAACCAGAACCAGAGCAACAUCUCCGUGCGUUGGGACAUCGGUCUGAAUCGCAAGACCAGGGCAUUCUUCAACUUCCCCAAGAAAGAAGAUUUGAAACUGAUGCAGGGAGACGAAUUGAGGCUGCGUUACCUUGGCGACCUGCAGGAGCCGUGGUCAGGAGUUGGACAUGUAGUCAAGAUACCAGACAAUUAUGGAGAUGAGAUCUGCGUUGAAUUGAAGAGCAACGCCAAAGUCCCAGUCAACUGCAUCACUAACUUUGUGGUGGACUUCGUCUGGAAAUCAACAUCAUUUGACAGGAUGCAGAGUGCUCUGAAGACCCUAGCCGUGGAUGAGACGGCCGUCUCCAGCUACCUGUACCACAAGCUGCUGGGCCACGAGGUCGAGAACAUGGUCAUCAAGAGCAGCCUCCCUAAACGCUUCUCAGCACCUUACCUCCCCGAGCUGAAUCACUCCCAGGUCUCUGCUGUACGCACCGUGCUGACACGCCCGCUCAGUCUCAUCCAGGGCCCACCUGGUACAGGGAAGACUGUGACCUCUGCUAGUGUUGUCUACCAUCUGGCCAAACAAGGACUCGGGCAAGUGUUGGUGUGUGCUCCCAGUAACAUCGCCGUAGAUCAACUGACUGAGAAGAUCCACCGUACUGGUCUGAAGGUGGUCAGACUGAGCGCCAAGAGCAGAGAGGCUAUCGAUUCCCCAGUCUCCUUCCUGACGCUCCACAAGCAGGUGCGCAACAUGGAAGGCAAUGAGGAGCAGCAGAAACUUCAAGCCCUCAAGGAAGAGAUUGGAGAGUUGUCCAGCGCUGAUGAGAAACGUUUCCGGACACUCAAGAGGAACAACGAGAGGGAACUACUGCAGAAUGCUGAUGUGAUUUGCUGUACCUGCGUUGGGGCCGGCGAUCCACGCCUGGCUCGGUUCCGCUUCAGGGCAGUACUGAUUGAUGAGAGCACACAGGCCACUGAACCGGAGUGUCUCAUACCCAUUGUCCUGGGAUGUAAACAGGCAAUUCUGGUCGGCGACCAUUGCCAGCUGGGUCCUGUCGUCAUGUGCAAGAAGGCAGCCAAUGCCGGCCUGUCCCAGUCCCUGUUUGAACGGCUGGUGGUUCUGGGUAUCCGACCAAUCAGACUGCAGGUCCAGUACCGCAUGCAUCCGGCUCUGAGCGCAUUCCCCUCCAAUAUCUUCUACGAGGGAUCCCUGCAGAACGGCGUGUCGGCAUCGGAUCGUAUCAACAAGGCUGUUGAGUUUCCCUGGCCCCAGCAUGACAAGCCCAUGUUCUUCUAUGCCACCUCAGGCCAGGAAGAAAUCUCCAGCUCUGGAACUUCCUUCCUCAACAGGACCGAAGCAUCCAACGUGGAGAAGAUCACCACCUGUUUCCUGCGGGCCGGCGUCAAGCCUGAACAGAUCGGCAUCAUCACCCCCUACGAGGGCCAGCGGGCCUUUAUCGUCCAGUACAUGCAGUACAGCGGUCCUCUCAACAUCAAGCUGUACCAGGAGGUGGAGAUUGCCAGCGUGGACGCCUUCCAGGGCAGGGAGAAGGACUACAUCAUCCUGUCCUGCGUCCGAGCUAAUGACCACCAGGGGAUUGGGUUUCUGAACGAUCCCCGCCGGCUGAACGUUGCCCUCACCCGCUGCAGGUUUGGCGUGAUCAUCGUGGGUAACCCCAAAGUCCUGUCCCGUCACCCUCUGUGGAACCACCUCCUGACCUACUACAAGGAGCAGAAGGUGCUGGUGGAAGGCCCUCUCAACAAUCUCAAGGAGAGCCUGAUCCAGUUCAGCAAGCCCAGGAAGCUAGUCAACACCUCCAAUCCGGGUGGUCGCUUCAUGACAACAGCCAUGUUCAGUGCCAAGGAGGCCAUGAUACCAGGAAGCAUUUACGACAGAUCAGGCAUGAUGAACGGAGACUCAAGUCGUUUCAUUCAAGGCCCAGGCCGCAUCCAUGACCAGAUGGGCUACAUCCAGCCCGGCCCCGCCCAGUUCGGCGGCGCCAACCUCCCCAUGCCUGUCAACAUGUUCAUGCCCCCUCCCCCGCAGCCCGGCGCCCACUACUUCAACCAAGGCAUGAGGGGUGGGGGAGGCCCGCCCAUGGGCGGCGGCCAGCAGAUGCCCCAGCAUAGGGGCAAAGGGGCCCCGCCUUACUCCAAGAGGAGGGGGAAGACACCAGGAGGGCAGCAGCAAGGGGCAAAUGGGCGUGGCCCCCAACCAGGAAUGGGCGGGGCCAGUCAGCAGGGUGGGGGCAGCCAGAAUAUGUCCCAGUACAAUCUGUCCAUGCAGAGCCAAGAUGGUACCAUGCCAUUUUCCCAGGGCCCACUGACCCAGGGUAUGUCCAUGAGCCAGCCGGGUCUAUCUCAAGCUGGCUUCUCUCAGCCUGGCCUGUCCCAGCCCGGCCUGUCCCAGCCUGAACUCUCACAGGACAGCUACCUGGGCGAGGAGUUCAAAUCCCAGAUGGACGCCGCUCUCUCUCAAGACUCCACUUACCAGGGAGAUCGCAACUACCAGCACGGCUUUGGCUACUAGCCCACCCAUGCCGCGACACGCUAACGUGUACCGAGCAAGAAGAGAGGGUGUGCUGAAAACUCCUCCCCAGACAGUCUGCUGAGAGGCAAAUCAGAUGAAGAAGGAGAAGAAGAAGACACAACAACGCAACACGAAAAAAAAACACGACACCAACCACCAUCGAAGAACAACAGUGAAGACGCAGAAAGGUUCUCCUAGUAAAAACAAAAAAAGUCUGG